AUGACGUCCCUUACAGGUGCAUUCACGCCCGGAAUUCCGCAGACCAUGGCCCUCCGUACCGUACAUGCCAACGGCUACACUAGACACAAUCUACCAGGACCAUUCUUCUUGUAUAGACUGUACCAUGAUGGUCUGAUGUUCGCAACGACUAUAACUGGUCAACGGAUCUCGCCGCAUGGCUCAUACAACAACCCACCCCAUCGGCUUAGCACCCAACACGGUUCUCCUACCAGUCGGGCCCCGCUGUACUCUACGCCCCCGGACUGGGAGAUGCUCCAAUUUCUAUUUCUCUUGAUCAUUUACACGCCACUCCUGGUGCUUGCGGGGAUCCGUAACUAUACAAUAGACGAUUACUACGGGGACUCCAGAACCGCAGGCUUACCAGAGUAUGGGGGUCAAUGGAACUACGGCCCUAUGUGUCCUGGCUGCGAGGUGCAACCAUCACCGUCUCUUGUCUUCAACGGAAGCUGGCACGACACCACCGACGAUCAUUUCAGACCCCAGCCGCAAAGCCCUUCCGUCACGUUGAGUUUCACUGGCACGGCUAUCUACGUGUUCUGCGUAAUACCUGACACGGUCGCUCCUCUAGUCACCACCACGGCCAAUAUGACAUUCACCCUCGAUCAGGCCGUGGUAGGGAAUUAUGUUCAUGAGCCUUCUGCGAGCAUCGACUAUCUGUUCAACGUCAACGUAUUCAAGCGCGAGGAACUGGUGGACGGACCACACACUCUUCUAAUUGAAGCACAGUAUGAAUCUUAUAUGGCUUUCGACUACGCCAUCUAUACCUUUGUGGGCGAACCCCAAUCAAAUAAGACAACCUCAACGGUGACUAUACCCACGACAGUGACCAGGACAUCCACUUUGUCCUCCACCUCUUCCUCUGUCACCAAGUUACCUACUUCUAUCUCAUCUUCACCUGUGGAUACUGUGGCGCCCGGCCUCACGUCGUCCUCGUCUUCGACCACCAAUCUCGCCGAUCAAACGAGUAACUCAAUCCCUCCCUCAACGCCGUCCAAACGGCGAGUUCGACGACUGUGGAUACCACACGCCCUAGCUCUGGAGUAG